AUGGGUGUUCAAACAUCAUCAGUGACUUCUAAUCAAGGAGUGAAUGAUACUAUGAAACCACCAAAUGAUGCUAAACAUGCAACAGUUAAUAGUUCAAUAGAUCAGUGUCCUCAUUUUCAAAAGCAAUCAACUCAAGAAACAACUUAUCCAAGUGAAUGUCCUAUGUCAGGUUCAGCAGGAGCAGCAGGAAAUAAUGAUGUCAAUCCAUUAAAUAUGAUGCCAGCACCCAAUCAAAUGCCGGCACCUGAUCAACCAUUUCUAUUGUCAACAGAACGUGUUACUUCAAAUAUACCCAAAGUAUCGGAGAAACAGGAAAAUUGGGUCUAUCCAUCUCCCCAAAUGUUUUGGAAUGCAAUGUUACGUAAAGGUUGGCGUUGGCAAGAGGAUGCUUUAAAGCCUGCUGAUAUGGAAAAUAUUGUUCGAAUGCAUAACAUUAAUAAUGAACUUGCUUGGUUUGAAGUAUUGAAAUGGGAAGCAUUACAUGCCAAUGAAUGUAUGAGUCCUCGUUUAGCAUCAUUUGGUGGAAAAGCUAAAGAUUAUUCACCUCGUGCACGUAUUAGAAAUUGGUUAGGUUAUCAACUUCCGUUUGAUCGUCACGAUUGGAUUGUUGAUCGAUGUGGCCAACGGGUGCGGUAUAUUAUCGAUUAUUAUGAUUCAGAAAAAGUUGAUCAUGAUACAUUAACAUUUACAAUCUUAGAUGUUCGACCUGCAUUUGAUUCAUUUGGUGCUGCUUGGGAUCGUACACGUGCUGCAUGGUGGCGUUGGACUGUACGAGAUAAUUACGAUUCAAAUGAAGCGCAUACCCGUGAUGAAUUGAUCAAAACAGCUAAACGUGAACUUGAUGAUAAAAAAGAAUCAAUAAGAUCUUAA